AUGGCAGAACUAAUUAAUAAAGUUUCCGCAUUUUGGAAUCUGACAACAAUUGUCAUAAUUUAUGGUAGCAAUUUGGAAAAUAAUCAUCUAGCCAUGGAGUUUUUAAAUGAACUUCACCAGAAAAAUAAUUAUUCGGAAUGCAUACCACGAAUGACUUUCAGAGAUGUAGAUGUUCAGAAGCCAUUAUAUGAUAUUCCAGGAGUGGAUGCAAAAACCUUGGUGCUAACCCUAAUGCAUACGGUUUAUGAUAAUAUUUUGAAAACAACAGCCAUGCUAACACGUAAUCGUAGAACGGUUCCAUCGAUUUAUCUCCUACAUACCCUCACCUAUGUGGAAUAUUUCGAAUAUUUAUUUCGACAAUUGUGGAAAUUCCAGCUGAGAAGAUCUUUAGUUAUUAUGAAUGCUAGAAAUGUAUUAACCAUGGAUCCAUAUCCGAUAUUGAGAAUUGUUAAUGUGACCUUACAACCUAUGGCAGAAUGGUUUCCCAUAGUUGAUGGCAUUAAGGAUUUCCGAGAAUAUACCAUGAAUAUGCCGAUUCAAAGUGAUAUUCCCAGUACAUAUUUUUACAAGGACGCAAAAAGUGGACAAUUUAUAGCUGACGGCUUGGCUGCUUGGAUUAUAAAUGAGCUAAUGGCCCGCCUGAAUGUCUCCCUCAAUGUAUAUCCCUUACACUACAACCACUCGUAUUUCAUAAAUUCCCAUCAAAUUUGUCAGCUGCUGCGUAGUGGAGAAAUGGAAAUAAGCCCCCACGUAGUGUCAUUUGUUAAAUAUGAACCCGAAUUCGAUUUUAGCUAUCCCUACACGACUACCACGCGUUGUAUAAUGAUGCCUCCAGGCAGAGAACACAUCAUAGCUUUUCGAAAAUUCUUGAAUUGGAAAUUGUUUUUAUUUCUAACAGUUAUGCUACUCAUCUACGAAUUUGUAUGGCAUACCUACCUCGAAUACUGUUCAAAUCGUUCGAAUUGCCCGCACCUUUAUCGUCCCUUCUAUAUAAUUUGUAUUCUCUUGGGUGUUCCGAUGCCAGCAAUACCCAGACCGACGUUGAAACGUCUACGUUCCAUACCAUUCAUUCGAAUUUUAUUGCUAUACUUUCUGAUCACAUUUACUGGGAAUUAUAGUUCUACGCUCUUCUCCAGUAAAUUAUCUUCAUUCCUCACCGCCAGCUAUUUCAAAACUCCCUCACCAAAAUUACAGGAAAUACUCUCCUCCAAUAUACCGAUUAUAAUGCGGCCAUUUGAAGCUGAGUUUUUUAUGAAAUAUUUCAAAAUUAAUACCGAUGAUCAGCAACAUUUUGUGAAGGCUUCAUAUGAGACGGUUUAUGAGCAUCGUUCGCAGCUUAAUACCUCCUUUAUGUAUCUGAUAACCCGUCCCGAAUUUGACGUCAUCAAUGAACAGCAACGUUAUUUACACACCAAACGUUUCAUCCUGACCGAUGUGUGUCAUGGUCCAUAUCCCCUGCAGUUUCAAUUGGCCGCCGAUAACCAUUUCCUGCCGUUGUUACAACUUUUCGUACUUCGCCUACGUGAGGCUGGUAUUACGAAAUACCAGAGGCAAACCCUAUUUCAAAGGGCCAAGAAACAUGGUAAAAUUGAUUACAUAAGGGAAGAGGUCAAUGAUGUGACUACGAAAAUCAAUAUGAAUAUCACAUUAAAUACUCUGGCGGCUAUAAAGUAUAUUCUGGUAGCGGGUUAUAUCUCUAGUUUCGUUGUAUUUUUAAUCGAAUUAUAUUCGAAACGAGGUCUAAGUUUAUUAAAAAAUAACUUAUAA